GCAUGCCUAGCAUCUUCUCACGUCCAAAACUGCUCUCUUGCUAGCAUUAUUCAUAUUUUUUGUUUACUGGAGUCAUCCACGAACAAAACCCCUUUCACUCUUAAAGCUCUUUAAAUCUUUUCUCAUCGUGAGAAGCUUAGUUCGUAUCCGAGAGGAAAAUAAAUUUCCAUAGUUCACACUUCAUUUCUUUCCCGACUCAUCUCUAUUAAUUGGCAAUUGGGCAACGGUUGAAGUGUUUCUGUCAAGCAAGCUAAAGGACCGGAACAGAGGUAAGAUUAUCCUGUGAGCGAGUUGGCCAGUCCUAUUCGUGUACCUAUCAGGAUACGGGGGCUAUCUUUCUUCAAGGCCAGUCCGGUUUACGGACGAUCUUACACUAAGUCUUUCUUUCUCUAUUUUUUUAUAUUUAUAUUUCAUAUCUAAUUAUUGUUACUAUUUUAUUUGUUGUUGCAUUUGGUGGUUUGUCUGGUGAUUUGUGAUUAAACUCGGGAUUUUAUUUGACUAAACUCACAUUUAUUAAUACUAUUUUUCUAAAAAUCUUGAAGAAAGAUAUUAUUUUUCGAGUUUUGAAAAUCCAAUAUAGCGAACUUGGAAAAUGCUAUUACUUCUGAAAAUGUUGCUGUUGAGAAUAACGUGAAUGAAAUCUCUGAAAACAAUGUUAAUUCUGUGUCUGUGACUAAUUAUGGAGACACACAUUAAUUUAUUGCCACGGGCUCUCACAAGGUUGAUUUGACCGGAUUGCCUGAAAAAUUUUCUAAGCAUUUUUUCAAGCGUUGGCAACAACGCAUGAAAAUCUGGUUAAUCACCAAGGGAUUGCUCUCGGUAAUUAUGACGAUGUGUCCCCCCGUUGUCGAGUCUGAUCCCAAGAGUCUUGAACGCCACCAAGCUUUAUGGCGAGAGAGGAAUGAAAUAGCCAAAGGAAUGAUAUUGUUGGGACUCUCCGACAUGUUGUUUGAUGUCUAUUGCACUCUCCACGGCACAGCUAAAGACCUUUGGGAUGAGUUGGAUAGGAAAUAUAAUACUGAUGACCACGGUCUUGAAAAGUAUAUUGUUUCUAAAUUCUUGAGAUUCGACAUGAAAGAGGGAAAAUCUGUUUCAGAACAAACACAAGAAUUUAAACUUAUCUUACAUUCUCUCUGUGAAGCAGAUAUGGAAUUGCCUGAAAAAUUUAAAGUCAUGGUUGUAAUUGAAAAAUUCCCCAAAUCGUGGGAAGAUUUUGGUUUGACUUUAAAACUCAAAAUGAAAAAGAUAACUUAGAAAUCUUUGAUGCAUUCCAUUACUGUUGAGGAAGAACAUAAGAAAGCAGGUUACAUUGUCCCUGUUGAAUUUCAGCCAAAGACUCAUGUUGUAACCGGGGGGAAACAGUUACAAAAUUCUAAGAAUAAACAACCAUCAUCUUUUAAACCAAUAAAUGCCAAACUAAAAAUUGCAAAGAAAACAAAGGCAAACCGUCCAUGCUGGAUUUGUGGACAGAUGGGGCAUUGGACCAAAUUGUGCUCAAAUAAAAAGGCUAAGGCUCAAUCUGGUAGACCUCAAGUGAACAUGGUGACUGGAGGAACUAGUUUCGAUGGUCAGUGGUUGGAAGAACAAUGAUGAUGGGAAACACAAGUGCUGCUAAUGUGCAUUGAGUUGGAAAAGUGGAAAUAAAAUUUCCUUCGCGAAUAAUUCUGUCUUUGAGUGGGGUGCAACAUGUUCCCGAAAUUAGAAGGAACAUUAUUAGUGGUUACAUUCUUGUAAGGGAGGGUUAUGAAUUGUCUUUUAAAUUAAAUAAAGUUGUAAUUUUAUUUGGUGGAACUUUUAUUAGCAAGGGUUACUUGUCAAAUGGACUUUUUAAGAUAAUGGUUGAUUAUUUGGAAUUAAAUUAUGUAUAUGAGAAUUGUGAUUCUUCAACUUUAUGGUAUUAUCA